UUGAAAAAUGACGAAAAUGUCGCCGAAAGAUCGCAGUCACAGAUAUCUUAUCAGAUUCAGCCGAAACUAACUUCAAACAUGAUAAGCGCAGUCAUUGUACUGAGUAACGUUUGUGUACCAUGUCAGACGAGCUUCGAAGAUGAGCUCAGAUGCCUCAUUUCUACACAAGGCAAUCCGGGGGCUCGCACUCAAGCACUUUCAAUUUGGCGACUUUGCAGAGCACCAGUUGCUGUUGACCAACUACCUCGCACUAGCGGCCAUCCUCGUCGUCGUCGGCGUCAUUGCUCUGCUGGCCACUGUCAGUCGUAUGGCACCAAAUGCCUUCAAAUCUCGUGCGCAGCUGUACAGGGAUCACCCGGAGCUACGGGAUACAGUCAACGAUAAGCUAGCUGCAAAGGAGUUUGCGAAGCUGAAUGCUGCACUUGCGCAUGCAAAGAUGCGCGGCAAGAAGGUUGGGACACCUUGA